AGGGGUUUGUCAAGUGAGUCUCUCAAGUGAGCGUAUCAAUGUUUUUGUUACAAAAUUGAGGUUUUUGUUGUUUAUAACUUAUCGUAUGUACAGCAGCAUGGAAGAGACACAUCAAAGUUCUACUGAUCAUCGAGGGUAAGUAUAUCUCUCGAAAGGUCGUAGAGAAUUUCGUCUGUUUUUUAUUUAAUCCUCGCGUAUUUUACCACUUACAUUAAGUCUGCAUGUGUGAAGUUGAGCAAUACUGUAUAAUUUUUGUGUACAAGAAUAAUUACAAAGUAUUUAUAAACCUUAGUUUGUAUAAGUGUUACUCAGAAAUUUGUUUCAAAUCCGCCAGCUCGUAGUAAAUAGUAGAUAACGUCUUUGAAAAUGGACGAGUUAACCCUCUGACAAGACAGUCAGCUGUAUUAUACCUGUAAGACGUUCUUCACGUGAUGUUUAAUGUCAUAAGUCUUAUUUCAUUCCGUUAUUAAAGACAGAUUUGGCUGAUUUCAGGAAUUAUGCAGAAUUGUUAAAAACGAGAGCUGCCCUUUUCAAAUAUGCGAUGGCAAUUUUUUUUCUUUUAUCAAAUCUUGAAAUUAUAUACAAAGAACCUCAAAGCAAUCUUUAAAAAAGAUUUAAAUUGCUAGAUUUAAACCCCUGAUUUUGCCUUCUGGCCUCUUUAAAUUUUUACAGUGGCUAAUAGAAAUUAUCACAACAUUCCAUCUUACUCUCAUUUUCAUAAAAGGUUUUGUUUUAAGGCAACUGUUUAUUUGAUGGCUGAAAAGAAUAUUGAACAGUUGCACUUGUGUUCAGAAGACUCCUCUCUUCUAAUAAAAGAGCCUGUUCUUAGGGUUCAGAGAGUGAAGGGAGAUCAAUAAUAUGCCUUAUUUUGGUGUGUCAGUAUGUUCAUUCAACAGAGGUGUCUGGGGUAUACAUGUUCACUUAUAGUAGAUAUUGGAAGAAAACUUUGGCACUGUGCAAUGUGUACACUCGAUACACAUGAUUCAAAGAUAUCCAUCCAUGAAUUGUAAAACCAAACUUGCUCUUGGUAAAGUGAGAAAACAAAACCUGAAAAUGAGGGUUUUCUACAAUUCUUUACUAAGAAUUAAUAAUUAUCUUUUGGUUUUAUUUCCAGGCUUAAACUUCAAAAUAUUAUUCAGAAAUUGUCUGAACACUGUGAUAUAAAAAACCCACAAGAAUUGGUGAGUGUAUCUGUAAGUACAAAUACAAAAGUAUUGAAGUAUCUACUGAGUGUCUUUCAUUCUGUGUCUCCUCAAAUAUGCAAUGAAUGAAUUACUAUUUGUUGGAGGAGUUCACUCAAGGACAAGUAUACAUUGUGCACAAGUUCUCUAUGAAAAUUCUAUGCCCUUGAGUAUCAAUUUGUAUGUAUGUUUUUCAAAUCUCUUCUAGAGAGAUUUUUUGUGAGCAGUUUGUAAUAAAUAGCUGCAAACUUUAUUUUCUUGAAUGCAAAAUCCUUUGAGAAAUUUACACUGAAGUUAAUUGAAUGCCUCUGUGAUGGUCUUGUAGGAUGUUGAAGACUCUGAUCUUAAAACCAAGAGGUGAGCUUUUUCACUAGAUUGUGGAGAUGUCCAUUCACAUGUCUUUGUUUUUGCUAACAGCUCCAUUCUUUGAUAAGUCCUUGCUAGCUCAGUGCUACCCUUUGGUAGUUCUAUAGGGAAGGAAGCCACAGUCACUGAAUAAAGUGUUGGGAGUCUCAAUUCUUUCCUUUGUGGCUGUAUUAAACAAUCUUGAGGGUUAUUCAUCAAUCAUAUGGCUGUAUUUCAACAUUGUAUUUGGGGCAGAGGGAGGGCCUUGUGACUAGUAGAAGUUGAGUUCAUUGUUUUAAUGCUGAAGAAAAUGUACAUGGAUGUAGACACUGCAUUGAGUCUACAAAAUGUUUUGUCCCACAGAAGAAAGCAAGAAAGCAUCAUAACUACUUCGAAUGGAACUGGCAAUUAUACAUUAGAAAAGGACAUGGACAGACAAAGCAGUGACUCUAAGGCAAAAAGUAAUAUUACAGAAUCUGUGCAGCAUGAGGUGAACAGUGUUAAGAGUUCUACACCACCACGUGAGAGAAUCAGUGCACGCAUAAGAAGUUUAAAAUCUAAGAAGGUGGCUUAUGAAGAAGAGUGGGUUGACCCUGAUCAUAUCAGACUAUCAGGGCAAAAGAUACCUGUGCAGUCAAAUAAAAACUCAGCUCAUGAAGAAGUCAUCAAGACUGUUACAAGAAAGAGAAAACGGAAAGGAGCAAAAAACUUUCAAAGUAUGGAGGAUUACGUGAAUGAAUCACCAUUGAUUCAAGUUGGUAAUCUAGUUGGACUGCGUCAGUGUCGUUUGUGUGCAGUGAUGUUUGUGGAAAAAGAUCAGCUGAUCAAUCAUAUGAAGGCUGUACAUCAUUUAGGUAAGUGAGAGUAGUUUUUAUCAGUCAUGUUAUCUUUGGACUUAUUAACAUAGGCCUGACUUACAUCAGAGAAAUAACAUUCAUAAUCAAGCUUGAAAGGCAGGGUUACAAAGUUUGGACAGUCAUAAUUAUUUUCAUACUCAUUGAUGCUCUGUUGAGUGGCAAAAACAUUGUAGUUCUGAUGAGUGGCAAAAACAUGUUCAAGGUCAUCUUGGAGCCAGUAAACCAAGUGGUGUCUUGUAGUCUCCUCACCAUAUAAAAAUGAUGCUGUAAAUUUAUCUUGUGUUAAAAUAGGCAAAUAAGUGGUGAUGAUGAUGAAGUUUAUGGAAGGGUAUACAGGAAAAUUAUAUCCAUCCUUAUUGUUGCAUAUAUGUGUUCAAAUUGUACAUGCCCACUCUGAGGUAGAGGUCAAGAAUGAUAUGACCUUUAAAAAUGAGACGUUUUUGACAAAGCUUGUGAUUCUCUCUCACAGCCCUGCUAAUUAGUUUUUAAAAUGAUGAAUACCAGGUUACUGGUUAUAAAAUGCUAGCUUUACCAUAUGUAAAUAUCUUUCAUAUAUGCUUUAGUCUAAGGUUGUUAGUGUAUUUGUAGGUUGUACACCACAAUGCUUUAUGCUGUGGUGACUACUAACCUCAACAACAGUCAAGUUCACCUUGCUUUCAAAUUACUGAUUUUCCUCAUCUUGUUUAUGUUUUGAAAUUGAUCUGGUUUGUAGAUGACAAAAUAAACAUCUCUAAAGAAGGUACUGCAGAUGUUUCACAUAGUGACAACAAAGCAAAUGGUAAGAUUUAGGUAAUCCCAUCUGCUAGUUUCUUCAGAUUGACUUCUGAUGCACAGUUUCUUAGUUACUUUUAAUAACAACAUUUAUAAGUCACAGUGAACAUUUAAACAAAUUGCUGCCCUAAUACUUUCCAACAAACCCCCCUUGUGUAGCAGCCUCCUUCACACAAAUUGUUUUGACUCAUGCUAUAGCUUGGACCACCAGCUUGUUUUUCUGUGACUUGUUGCAGGGACAAAUUCUGAGGCAAGAAGCAAUAAUUUCACACAAUGUUUUUGUCUCACAUUGCAAGUGUUCCCUGAAAUAUGUUGCUAUGGCAUGUGGCAAAGCCUGGUAGAUUAAUGAGCUGUGAUAUUAUAUUCUAACAUCUGCAAACAUGUAAUUUUUUUAGCUGUCAGUUAUAGAACUCUGUGACAUUAGCAUCUUUAAGCAUUUACUCACACAUGUUUUGUUAGCCCCACAAGAUAAUAAUUUGUAGCAACAGCUGUGCACAAUUUGAGAAUAUUCUUGUCUUGUAAAAUUUCAGAUGAGAAACCUUUCAAAUGCUCUCAGUGUGAAUCGUCAUUCAGAAAAAGUAGUGGCCUAAAGCAACAUGUAACAAGGCAACAUUCCCUGAGUACACCACAGAAGUUACCUCCAGCUCCAUCUAACCAGGUUUCCACAAAGAAGGGUUGCCCUACAAGUGACAGGCCUUAUGCAUGUCAGGUAUCACAUGUCUUCUUUGUGAAAAGGAUUAUGGUGCAAUCUUAAAUUAGUCUUAUUACUGGAUAAAGUGGUACAUUUCUAGUCCUGCACAAGUCCAUUCAUAAGUAUUGUGAGUUCAAAUUAGUCAGUCCCUCCAUAACAAUCAGGUUAAUGAGUCAACUCCAAUUUUCCCACCAAUGUGCUCUCCAAUACUCUCAUUGAUCUUAGAAAUGAGAUCUAAAUAGUUCAAAACUGAUGUUAAAUCAUGAGGCACAACCAAGUGGUUUCACUGCUAAGUUUUUCGACUGGGGUGCACCUUAGACUUUCUGCAGUCUAAAGUAAUACAGACUUCGUGAGUGUCUCUAUCCUAAUCUAUCCCUAUUAUUACUUUUUAUUGAUGGUGUUAUCACGUGACAGAUCAGAACACUGUUCAUUGGUAACGUUCAUAGUGCCACCGUGGGAUGAGGAAAAGGUUGCAGGUUGUAAAACCUAUCAAUCACUUUGAGAAGAUUGCAAACCAAACAGAGUUGUUUGGGCAGCUUCUCACCAGCCAGCCAUAUCUGAAAGUCGCGAAACUUCAGAUAAAAAACGGCACCUGAGCUCUCUCAAAAUCAACAACUGAUAGUUUAUUUAUUUCUCAAGAUUUAUUUCUUAAUCAUCCGUUACUAUUCUGACUCGAAUAGCAAAACUGUAUCAUUACCCUGAUCUCUGAACACGAGCAACCCAAACUACGAAGACCGAAAACUUGAAAGUCAGGUUUUCAGAAUUCGCGACGUCCGCGAUCGUUCUAUGUUUAUCCAUUUUAGUUAUAAGCAACUGGUGUCUCAAAUGCCCUUCGAUAAAGCAUGACAGGUUUUUUCUAUAAGUUAAACACUUUGCCCAUUUGGUUUUUACUCCGAAGCGACCUGAUGAUGAUUUGUCAGUCCAUGAUUGAUCUACGUUUAUCCAUUUAAGUUGUAUCGUGAAUGCCUGUAGAAUAAGUAUAACGGUUUUCUUUUCUAUAAGUUAAACACUUUGCCCACAUGGUUUUUACUCCGAAGCGACUUGAUGAUGAUUUGUCAAUCCUAAGGGAUUUGACUGUAAUCGUUGUAACGAUAACAAAUGGAGGAAAUCGUUUGUUUUAGGUAUGCGGUAAAGCAUUCAAACGGAAGCACCAUUUACAAGAGCACAGCUAUAUUCACUCCGACGCAAAACCUUACAAAUGUGACACUUGCAGCAAAACAUUUAACCAGAGAAUUUGCCUGACCAAACAUCUUCCAUGCAGAGAACUCGAAAAACAACAAAAGAAACCAAGCUGCAGUAAAACUGGAGACGGCAACACAGCAAAUGUGUUAACACAACAUCAACCUAACGACAGAGAAACAGAAUUAUCUUCAAAAGGAGGUGCCAAAAGUGCAAGCAAACUCAUUAGUGAUUCUGUUUUACUGUCAAGCAACAAUACACACGUCGAGUCUUCAGAAGAGUCACAUCGUAUAAAUGACAAAGAGCAUGACAAUGGCACACUCUCGGUUCAUAUAAGUGGUGGACCCUUGCGUGACAAUCCAGUGUCACAAGACACUGCGAGACCUUUGAUUGGUCACGCUAAUAACGGUGUACAUUCUCAAGAGAUUGUGAAAGAUGAAAAAAAAGUCAUUGGCUUAUCUCUAAGCACGGCUGCUAAAAGUGCAGUAGCAGCAAACGAUCGUACUUGCUCAGUCAAGGAGCCGACGCAGUUGCCACAGGAAGCAACUUAAAAGUACUCUAAGUCUGCUUCUCUGAUUUUGGCUUCCUCUAGCCCUGUUUGUGAUAGUUGAAUCUCAAUAUGCUGUAAAAUCAAGUCUGCGAUAAUGGAUGGUUUAUACGAACAACUCUAUCACAUUUCUGUUUUUUUUUUCAAUCAAAUUAUCAAUUGUUUUUGUUUCAUAAUCAAAUUUGUUGUAAUGUGUCGCAAAACAACAUGAUUAUUUUUUAUCUUUUUCAGUUUUCAUGACUUGUAUAACGAUAUCUACAUUUAUAUGGAAUCUUUCUUGCUCAAACGUGACUUGCAACUUCGUACCUCACUGCAUUCACAUCUUUCUCACAAAUCUUAAUUGGAACUAGUUUCAAGCGAUGAAAUGAUGGAACCUGAGUCAUUUGCCAGAGAAUGUUGGUCUACACGUGCCGUUUCCAAUAAGUUGCAUUUCAGUAACUCAUCACGCACGUUCGGUUUAUUUCCAACUAAAUGCGUAUGAUUUUUGGGGGUUAAAGUUAUUCAUCGAAUUGUAUACAGAACUUAAUCAUCCAUCCAUGCCAUAAAGGUUUAAAAUCACUUCUGUAAUCGUAAUUUAUGAAGAAAAGGAAGUGAGAAGGUUUCAUUGCCUAUCACUCAACUACAUACAGAUGUGACGUUUUUCAGAAUUAUCAUCACUGGCUUAGCCGGCGUGUAAGGGCAUGUACUUAAAUCAGGGGAACAAUUAAUAUACUCGAUAAGAUAUCACAUUAUGUCCAGAAAGUGAUAUUGAACCAGGCAAUCACUGGAGAAAUAAUCACUAGACGAGAGGUUGUGCUCAUUCUGUUUUGGCCAGCC